CAAAGUGGAAGAGCUUUAGACAACGCCUGCCAUUGCUUCUGCGGCAUGAUAGGGCCAGUAACAAGCCCCUCAAGCCCUCAGAUGAUUUCCAUCUUAUUGGUCCGGACUCCUCUCGGAUGGUGCUCUUAGUCCAUGUCUCCUCAGAGAUGCCGAGUCUGCACCAGCUUCCUACAGAUCCGGAUAAUGUGCAUUGCCUUGGACGCCUUCGCGUAAUAAUAACAUCAACCAAGUCCCAAGGCUAACGGGGGCACAAGAUGUGAUGUGCCCAAGACUCCGCCAUCCGUCUCGUUCGUCCUGGAUUGAAUGGGGUUUGAACUAAGUACGGAUAUCUGCAAACCGUUGUACCUGGAAGCAGGCACGGUGGCGUUUGAAUUCUCAUACUCCUGGAAGAGAUGCUAGUAUCUCCUCCAGACGAGACUUGGCCAGGUCCCAAUAGUUUCGGCCACCAUCAGGAGCCACAUUAUCUGCAUAUUCUGGGCCUGGCAAACCUAAUUCAAAUUGGAAAGGAAAGCCUCCAAAGUUCAAGUCUUGGUGUGGCAAUACCUACUCUCCAGCUGGUGUGGCACUUAUCAAACUGGGAGGAAACGGUGAAUUCCGGGGGUUGUUCUAACCUCUGUUUAAAGAAGCGGCGGCCCAGCAUCGUGAGCCAUUUGCUGGGUAUGGCUGAUCUAGACUCACUCAAUCACGCCAACUGGCCUAAAAGACGAUCGCUGCUUAUGCAAUACUUUCAUGGCGAUAAUGGAAGAAUGUUGCCUUGCAUAGCAAGCCGACAACGGCCGAGCCCAACCGGCCUGAUUGUUAGGUCACAACAACUCGGCCGAAGACUCACGAACGAACGCAAUACUGCAUCGGAAAGAAAGCUUGACUCUUGGCAAGCUACAUGGACCCCAGGCCGCCCGGCCCAUGUCUUCCUGCAUCCGAGAUGGGCAAACUUUGGAGCUAGACAAGGGACUAAGCUCAGACCAAACUGGUCAAGAACUUCAAUACCAGCAGGAUGUGAACAUUUCUUUUUAGCUGAUACAGAGCAACGAACCAGUGGGUGAGAUGAUCAACAAGCUUUCCGACGGCAGCGAUGAACUGAGGGAUCAGAUUCAAAUUAACUUAACACACGUUUAGCAUGACGCAAAACAAGCCUGUGGCUCAGUUGCGCGCAACGAUUGAGUCGAAUGUCCACCAGGUGCGUAUGUAGAAAUGAAUACAUACA